CCCUGUCGAAAGCGUUGUUGUGGAUUCAAAAUGGCGAUAACAAUUUGUGUUGAGCCUGUUGAAGAUAAAUAUUAAAAUUUGAUUUGUUAUUGAAACGAUCGCGUAAUAACUGGUGGAUCAAUCAGUCAAAGCUUUUAAUUUUUAUAUGCAUCUGACAUGUAGUUUUCGAUAUUUAUUUCUCUUUUGCAACAGUAAUUUUGUAAAAUCUUACACAAAGGCUGUGAUUCUUCAGUUCAAGUAAAUUAAAAUUACCUAUUUCAUUUUUCUUGUCCAGCUUUUAUCUUUAUUGUGCAGCUCUAAAUAAAAACAAGUGUUUAAACUGAAUUGGCGGUAUGUGGGAAACUUUCCAGUAUAGUGCAGAAGACUAACGCAAAUUGUAGUCAUGACUGAUACACGACGAAGAGUCAAGCUGUAUGCUUUAAAUGCAGAUAGACAAUGGGAUGAUAGAGGCACUGGACAUGUUUCAUCUUCUUAUGUAGAUCGUUUGAAGGGUAUAUCAUUAUUAGUUCGUGCAGAAAGUGAUGGCUCCUUACUACUAGAGUCUAAAAUUCAACCGGAUACUGCCUACCAGAAACAACAAGACACUCUAAUUGUUUGGUCGGAAGGUGAUAAUUUUGAUUUGGCACUCAGCUUUCAAGAAAAACUGGGUUGUGAUGAGAUCUGGGAGAAAAUUUGUCAAGUUCAGGGAAAGGAUCCCUCUGUCGAAAUCACACAGGAUAUUGUUGAAGAAUCUGAAGAUGAACGAUUUGAUGACAUGUCAGAUUCAGCUCCUCCCAUUGAGCUACCACCUUGUGAACUUAACCGUUUAGAACAAAUCAGUGAUUUAAUUAGUAAUUGUCUCUCGACUCCCAUGAGAAAAGAAAAAUUAGCUGUUGCAAUCGAAAAUGAAGGCUAUAUUCGCAAACUAAUAAAUUUAUUUCAUAUGUGUGAAGAUCUUGAAAAUACAGAACGUCUCUACCACCUUUAUGAUAUAUUCAAGAACAUUUUUCUCCUAAAUAAAAAUGUGCUCUUUGAAGUGAUGUUUAGCGAUGAUUUGAUUUUUGAUGUGGUUGGUUGUCUGGAGUACGACCCAGCAUCACCAACACCCAAACGGCAUAGGGAGUAUUUGAGACAGCAAGCUAAGUUUCGUGAAGCUAUUCCUAUUAAAAACACUGAACUUCUAGCGAAAAUUCAUCAGACAUUUCGUGUGCAAUAUAUUCAAGAUGUAGUGUUGCCAACUCCGUCGGUGUUUGAAGAAAACAUGCUUUCAACAUUAAGUAGUUUUAUAUUUUUUAACAAAGUGGAAAUAGUGUCACUGGUUCAAGAAGAUGAAAAGUUUUUAACAGAACUGUUUACAAUGUUAACAGACUUAAACACUGCCAAUACAAAACGAAGAGACCUUGUGCUCUUCCUGAAGGAGUUUUGUAAUUAUUCCCAAAAUUUGCAACCACAGGCAAAGGAAACUUUUUUCAAAACUCUCACAUCUUUAGGGAUUUUAUCAGCUUUAGAAAUUACUUUGGGCAUGGAAGACCAGAAGACUAAAACUGCAUCUAUCGACAUAUUAACGUAUAUUGUAGAGUAUUCACCUUCAGUUGUUAGAGAGUAUACAUUACAGCAGGCCAGUAAUACUGAUGAGGAUCAGAUGUUACUAAAUAUUGUCAUAGAACAAAUGAUUUGUGAUGCUGAUCCGGAAUUGGGAGGAGCCGUUCAGUUGAUGGGAGUUCUUAGAAUACUUUUGGAUCCAGAAAAUAUGUUGGCUUCAGUAAACAAAUCAGAAAAGACAGAUUUUCUUAAUUUCUUCUACAAACACAGUGUUCAGAUUCUUAUAGCACCCUUACUUGAAAAUACAAUUCAUGACACACCCCAAAAGGAAGAUUACCGUACUGUGCAGUUACUUGGACUUAUAUUGGAACUACUAUCAUUUUGUGUAGAGCAUCACACAUACCACAUAAAGAACUGCAUCCUGAACAAAGAUUUAUUGCGUAGAAUACUUGUCCUCAUGAAGUCAACCCACAAAUUUUUGGUCUUAUGUGCUCUCCGGUUUAUGAGAAAGCUAAUAGCGCUUAAGGAUGAAUUUUAUAAUAGAUACAUAAUUAAGGGUAACCUGUUUGCUCCUGUUGUGGAUGCAUUUAUUCGUAACAAUGGCAGAUACAACCUUCUGGAUUCUGCAAUAAUUGAAAUGUUUGAAUUUAUAAAAUUGGAGGAUAUCAAAACUCUUUGUUCUCAUGUUGUUGAAAAUUAUGGCAAACUAUUAGAUGAUAUUUGUUAUGUUCAGACAUUUAAAGCACUAAAGUUAAGAUAUGACCAGCAUCAGGACAAACUAAAGGAACGAAAUAGUUUAGAUGGUGUUCCAUCAAUACUAAGGAACAGUAGAUAUCGAAGAGACCAGCGGCAAAUGGAAGAAGAGGAAGAGAUGUGGUUUAAUGAAGAUGAUGAUUUUGACGAAGGAGAUUCGGUUCAGAAAUCUCCCACUCUAUCUCCCAGUGAUAUUUUGUCAAAGAAGUUAGAUUCCAAUCUUGAAUCAGCAAUUGGGAAAAUUAUAGAUAAGAACCAAACUUCUGGUCAAGGAGUAAUAGAAGCUAAUGGGCCCAGUAAAGUAAACAAUAACUCGGCAUUAUCCAAAGCACAAAAGCCUCAGCAACCAUUGAUAAACAACAAUGCAAGCGCACAACAGAUGCAACCUCAAGUGAACAUUCAAGCAGCUAGUGAGAGCAAAUUGUCAAUGUUUAAACGAGGGCUGGUUGAUUAUGAGGGAGGCGAUUCGGAUGAAGAAGAAGAAACUGAAAAUGGCGGAAGUAGCAGUAGUGGUGACAAUUCCAGCAAAAGAGCUCGGUUAUCAUAGUGUCAUCGAAAAUCUCUUUCUAAUACCGGAUUAUCCCACCCUAACAGGUGAGUAAAGCGUCAGCGCAUCACAGAAUAAUGUACAAAUUUGUGCGCUGGCGCUAUCGAUCUCAGUACAUAUACUUUUUGCUAUUUGCGAUAGUGCAUAGUGCCGCCAAGACUAUACAGGCGCUGCGGGUACCCAAAGUAGUCGGUCAAUUAAUGUUAAACUUCUAGUGUGACAUGGUGGGAAUAGUUGUUCAGUGGAUAUUGAUUAAUGGUUGUUACUUAUGUUAGAGUGAGAGAGUGGAAGGAAACGACUCUAUAAUGUCGUAUUAGCCAGCCACGUGUGGUAAUUUCCUGAUGUAUGAUUUCGUCAAAUUUUCAUUGUGAAGGAAAUGAUUAGGUUACACAUGUAAGUUUUGCUUAGUAAAUCUAGGAGACGAUUGUAGACUUCCAUGUAAAAUACAAAAGGCAGACUUCCGGUUUGAAUGUUAACUUAUUAAAUGAGAGAUUAUUGAUACCAUAAUAGCAAAGUAUGGACGAGGUGUAUAAAUAUUACCGUUUAUUUUUCUUUUCAUGCACAUUUAAUUUUUGCCUUUUGCAGACAGCUCAUAAUUUGUAAAUAUAUUUUAUGGAUAUACCUGUGGGUAUUGUUUUGAAAAGGCAAAAAUGAUCUGUGUUAUAUAAUACUGUAUAUAUGAGUCCUUGGUUUCUGAACUAUAGACAUUGUACAUCAAAUUUGGUCUAAUAUUUAUUUUAUUGUCAUGCAUUAAUCAAUUUGAGAGUGCAUUAAUAUUGAGUAUAAAAUAUAUAUACAUGUAUAUUUAUUUCUGGAGUUAUAGAUCUCACAUAUUUUCAUAUUUGAACCACAAAAAUUGUCCCAAAGAAUGCUGUCUUAUUAAUUUGGUUGACCUUGUUUAUAUUGUUUGAUUGUUUAUAUUUCUGUAAUUCUCAGAUUAUACGUUAAUAUAUUAAAAAAACCUAUCGUCCAGGUUUACAAUGUUGCAGUGUUUUAUUAAAAACGAUAUUGGAUGGGGAUUUUCAGUUUAUUUAAUGGACAAAAUGAUAAAGUAAAUUUAGUGUGUAUAGUUAUGAAUCGAAGGACGAGUAAUUGUUUGUGUCAGAACAGAAUAAAUUUUAUAGAAUUUUGUGAAUUUUAUUUAAAAUAAGUUGUAAUAUCUAGCUAGUAGAUAAUAUAAUAGUAUCUAAUACUUAUGAUGUCGAAAAAAAAUGUGAGUAGUGUCAAUGGAGUGCCGUAGAAAUUGUAAAAAAUCCAAAGCUUCAUACAAUAUUAAAAAUAAACUUUUUUUGUCGCCUAUAAGACUUAGAUAUUUUUAUAGUAAGAUUUUACACAGUUUCAAGUGACACAUAAAAGAUGGGUGGAGGGAGGUUAGAUAAAAACGUAAAAUUGCAAAAACGCAUGCACUGAAAUUUCGGGAGUUUAUUUGUGACAAUUUUUUUAGAAAGAAUGAUGUCUCAUUAGUCCAAGCACAGUCAGUGACUUAAAUGAUUUAUAUUGCAAUUAUUGUAAUCAAUAUUUAUUUAUCACUUGUAUUGCCAUUGUGCAAA